AUGCAUUGUGAUGGUGGAAAAAGUGAUCGACAUGGUGAAAACAUUCUGAUUGACGUCAUGGAAGGAGGAGUCGUACAUGUUGAUUUCAACCUAAUUUUUCACAAAGGAGAAUAUUUGCCUGUUCGUGAGAGAGCUCGGUGGGCUGCCUUCUGUGUUGACCCGCAACAUGUUGUGAACGGAUUCGUCAUCCGGCGUCGAGGUUCGUUCCGCGGAGUCCUGCCCGAAGCAACGUUGCGACGUGAUGGAGAGAUACAAGGACACAUUACUCACCGUUAUUCAAACAUUCGUCCACGAUCCGCUGUUGGAAUGGAUAAACACCGAGGCACGAGCUCAGCAGAACAAAGGGCGUGGUCAGUUGAAACUUCAUGCACCGUCGACGGAAAGUGUACAGUUGAUCCUAAAACGUCUCGAAGGCCAUAUAUCGUUGUCUCGCUGAGCUGUGAAGUAUAUAAGCAUAAGUUCUCAUGUGCUCCAAUGAGUCUCGAAGGCCAAGUGGCGAAGUUGAUCGAUAUUGCCAGUGAUGAGAAAAAUCUCGCACAGAUGUAUAUUGGAUGGGGACCAUUCAUCUAG